AUUCACAUCAAUUUACAGCUCGACCAACACCCUGUAUCACCGAUCCACCAGGAGAAACAAUUGAAGAUCCCGUUUCGAUGGAAAGUUUGACACUGACUUUCUCAUGAACAAAAUUUGAACGUUACUUUUUCCAGAGUUUUCAUAAUCGCGGAAUAUUAUUGAGUAGGUACAUCUGGGGGUUUCCAAAUUCAUCGUUCUCAUUUUCGAAAUUUCGAACAUAACUUUGGGUUAAAUUUCUGGUUUCGUAAGAACGCGAGCUGACCAGGAUGCCAUCAUCAAAGAAAACAAAGGUGAUAGCGGAUGUGAUGAAGGCCAUCCUCCACCUCAAGGACAACAGAGGGUCAUCGCUCAAGAAGAUCGCUGACAUCGUGGAGGAUAAAGUUUCUAUCAACGACGUGAAAAAGGCGUUGAAGUUCGGUAUCGACAAUGGCCUGAUAAAACGUACUGGAUGUAACUUCAGGUUGGGUUUGGAUCUUGGACACUUGGUUCGAAGGUCCACCGAUGAUGGGGACAUAUCAAACAAGAUCUACAUGGCUAGGCGACGUAGGAAGGGAAGCAAACGGCGUAGGAGGAGUGGAAGGAGGAGGAGGAGGCGCCAUCACGCUGGCGAACUGAGCGACAGCGAAUGUUGCGAAUAUUGCGAGACUGACUACAGCGAUGCAAGCGAUGGGACUCCUGUAAGAGAGCAUAGGAGGAGAGGAGGUCGAAGGAGGCGCGGAAGCAAAAGAAGGAGGGGCCACAGGAGGAGGAGAAGGACUGCCGAUCCAAGCGACAGUGGAGCUACUACUGAGGAAGACGGCGGGAAUGGAAUGUCGACGGAAACCAAGCCUGGACCAUGCUGAUGAGUUGCCAAAAAGUACGAAACAGCUGUCUAUCGUCGGACCGACUGGGAUAACAAACGCUAACUGAGAUCUUGACAGUUUCAACCUACAUUCUUGCAGUGAUCGAUUUUGGUAAUUGAUAGUGCUUUGUGCUGCCUUAUUCCGAUAAACCUACGAGACAUCUCGUAGCGGACAGUUCACAUGCUAAAAAUUCUGCAUCGACUGCUGAACCUAAAUCUGAUACCAAGCGUCACGCCGAUUACGUUGACUUUGGCAGAGUGAUCGAAGACAAGAACGAAAAAAAUCCAAAUCCUGCUGACAGCGUGAAAAUGGUGUGGAGCCAGCGGAGGCUCGACAAAAGGGGUGUCUCCGAGAGCGAGCGAAAAUGUUCUGGUUGUAAUCGCACUGAAUGUGUGUGUUCAAGUAUAAAGAAAUGAAAAUUGUGGGGUCAUAUAAACUGUUUUGUGAUGUUUGAGAUGAAUGUUUUUAAUAAAUAGUGAACGAAAUAUA